AUGAAUCAAAUUUUAUUAAGAAUUUUGAAGUCUCAUGUUAGCAAACAGUCUUUUUUAGAUCAGCUUAAAGCCUUCAAUGAAAAGCCAAAUAUAUUAGCUGCUGUCGUCUCAUGUGUCGAUUCACGUGUUUUAACAUCAAAACUUUUAUGUUCAAAUGUUGGUGAAUUAUUUAUCGAAAGAAAUCCAGGAAAUUUCAUUUGUUGUGAAAAAUCUUCACUGGAACAUUUUAAUGAAAACUGUGUUACACCUGGAUUUUUAGAGUUGACUUUAAUACGAUGUAGAAUCAACGACAUCAUUAUUUGUGGUCAUUCAGAUUGUCGGGCUAUGAAUUUAUUAAAUAACUUAGGAAAAUGUAAACAUGAAAAAAGUCAUCCAUAUCUUGCUCAUCAUGAGCAUCAACCUAACGAUGUACAAUAUGAAAAUAAUAAAAUGAAAUCAAGUCCUUUAGAAAAGUGGAUAUGGGAAAAUGGAUGUAAAACUUUACAAAAUUUUCAUCUUAAAUCUGAUAUUCUCAGUUUUAAAUCAUCAUCAUUAUCGAUUCAUUCAAAUUGUCCAACACUUGAACUUGAUUUAAAUUUGGCUAAACAUUUAACAGAAGUUGAUUUACUUUCUCAAGCAAAUGUUUUACAACAAAUGAUACAUGUAUAUUCAUAUGAAAUGUUAACAAAUCGAUUAGCAAAAAAUUUAUUACGUAUACAUGGAAUAUGGUUUGAAUUAUACUCAGAAUAUCAUUUUCAAAGAUAUUUAUGGAAAAUCUAG